AUGAGUAUUUCCCAAGCCUCAAUACCUUUGUCGCACCUACUCCCUCCGCUCGUCCUGGGUGGCGCCGGAUUCAGCCAUCAAGUAUACCGGAAUCCCAAUUCAGCACAAGCACUGGAAGUCCUCAAACGAGCGUUCCAAUUAGGACUACGCGCCAUCGACACCUCUGCUUAUUAUCAUCCUUCGGAAAUACUUCUUGGUGAAGCAUUAUCACAUCCCGAUAUUACGAGCCAGUACUCUCGCGACCAGUAUUUUUUGAUGACCAAAGUUGGUCGAAUUGCGGCAACAAAAUUCGACUACUCUCCAUCAUGGGUUCGACAGUCAGUGAUGCGUUCGCUCCAACGUCUACACACCCGGUAUCUAGAUGUUGUGUUUUGCCAUGAUGUCGAAUUUGUCCCAGAAGAAGAGGUUAUGGGCGCCAUCGGUGUUUUGCUCGACAUGGUUCGCGAAGGCCAUAUCAGAUACGUCGGGAUCUCGAGCUACCGGAUAGACAUCCUCGCUCGAAUUGCUCGCCGCGUUCAGAGUCAAUACUCUCGGCCUCUUGACAUAAUCCAGAAUUGGGCCCAGAUGACUCUUCAGAAUGACCGCCUGGCACAAGAAGGCUUGAAAGCUUUCCGGGAAGCAGGUGUAUCUUGUGUCUGCAGUUCGAGUCCAUUGGCUAUUGGUCUUCUCCGCGCAAAUAGCGUGCCGGUGGGAGAUCUGGGGGACUUUCAUCCCGCACCUUCAGGCCUACGAAGCGUCGUCAAAGAAGCGGCCGACUAUGUCGCAGGGCAGGGAGAGUCUAUGGCAGCCUUGGCGUUGCGGCAUUCUAUUCGCCGUGGCCAGUCGCUAUCAACUCCCGAUUUCCGUAUAACGACUAUUAUGGGAAUUACAUCCAUAGCGGAGUUGGAAGACAACCUCGCAACCGCUCGGCAGGUUCUACAAGUGUCGAAUGAGCCUCAUUGGCUCUGGAGCACAGAUGCUGGUCAGUCUGUGGAGGGCAAUAUGGCCAGAGCAACAGUGGACGAGCGACUUUGUUCAGCCGUUCACAACAUUUUGGGCCCAUGGCGUGACUACUCCUUCCCCAGUCCGGGUGAUGACUGGGAUGUGGCCACCAAACAGCCAGUGUCCACCAAACAGCCAGUGUCUACCAAAUUAUGA